AUGUCAGCUUCCAACUUACCAUUUGAGAUUCUUAAUCGAAUCGCAUUCCUUUUAAAGAAGAGCGAUCAAGUGACCUGCAGCACUGUGUGUCAAAGCUGGUAUUCACCAUUUCUUCUGCCAAUGUGGACUGAAGUAAAAAUUACCUCACGAAGACCUCUUCUGUCGCUUAUCAAAACCAUUUCAAGCUCUAACAAACACGGGCAACUCAUUCGAAGUCUCUCUGUACUCGGGAACGCACGUAUCAGCGAGAAAGAAUUGAAUAUAUUUCAAAGAGCCUGCCCCGGUCUCCAAUGUCUUUCCAUCGAGAAAUAUGCUUACGAUGCUAGGGAGUAUGAUUUUCCCCUCGAUUGGCAUUUGUGGCGAUCACUUACAGAACUGUCCCUUCGACUGGAUCAUUGGGAUAUGGAUGAAAUGGUUUUGAUUGUUUCUGGAUUGCCUGGUUUAAAGUCUCUUAGUAUUCAGAGAGACAGUCGAAUUAAUACCGAUAUCUUCAACCUCGACAACAUGGAAAUAAUUCAUUCAUGCCUACCUAUGCUCGAGACACUCUCUCUAGACUGUGGCCUCAAAGUUCUCUCGAACUCUGAAUUGGCAUACAUCUUUACUUUACCUGUCUCAAAGUCAAUCACCAGUUUAACUGCCACACUCAAGACAUCAAACCAUGCCUGGAUAUAUUAUUGGACUCACAAAUACCCAAACCUCACCAACAUCAAGUGGCGCACAGAAAGUGAUCAUGUUGGCCAACUUUCUUACGAUUACCUCCUUAUUGAAGAUACCGAAACCGAUAAUGCGAUUAGAGAAGCAUUCAGACUGGCUGGUCGCUGCCUGAGUAAUUUGGAGACUGUUAGCUUUCAUGAACGUGUCUGCCCGUAUCUACCUUACUACGAACUUUUCAAAGGCCUCUCAGAGACCGGAACAUCUCUCAAAAAUAUUGAAUACAGUCUCAACCUCAACGAAAACAUUCCCACUCCUUCUACAAUCCUAUUAAAAACCAUCUGCCAGUCUUCCCUUCAGACUCUUGAACACUUCAAAUUCACAAUAACCGGUCCUGUUUCGGAUGCGCUCACGAUACCAAGCUUACUCCACUUUCGGAACUUGCGAUCCCUGAGUCUUAAAGGGUUUGGAGCCAUAACACCCAUUUCAUUUGAUGCGUUGUUGAACGCGUGUCCUUGUGUCGAGACCCUUGAUCUCAAGUCAGUUGUUCUCUCACUUCAAUCUUCGGUACCGCUCGUGUCAGAACGCCAUGUUCUACGCUCGUUGGUUCUCGAUUAUCUCGACACAGAUUCAAACAUGUUUAGCUACAUCUCACGGCGAUGUCGACAGUUGACCUACAUGCGACUUACCUAUGUCAAGGUUACUGACCCACUUUUUUCAGACACACAUAUAAUUUGUAUCGACAUGCCAUACACCCAUUUUAAGAUGCUGCUGUUGGAUGAAGUGUUCUUUUUGUCUCAUAAAGAGUAUCACCCCACUGCCCGUGCACGCGUUAAUCUGUUUGCUAUCUCUCAGGUCAAUGUUCGAUCUGAACCACCUCCGUCCUCCUCCCUUCACCCAUUUAAUCCAUCCACUCGGUGGUACCACUCAUACACAGUCUAUAGAGCCUACAGGAACGGAAUCAGAUACCGACUUCUUGAUCCGUCCGAUGUUAGCUGGAUCCAGACUUAUCUUGAAUCGAUAGAGUCUGUAGACGACUAUCCAAUUGAUCGAUACAAUGGAUCUGAUGAAGAUAAUCGACCAAAAGAUGACAAUGGAUGUGUGCACAAAGAAAACUGGGAAAGAGAUAUCCCUCAUGGCUAUGUCGAUCUACGGUGUGGUUCUGUAGGCAUAUUCCGGACUGACGAAUACUUUUCUCUUGGAGACCCUUUGAAGGAAAAUAUUUACAAUAUUCAAUACUGAACACCAUCUGUAAAUCUUUUUGUUUCUUUCUUUAGAAGAAUAUUUCAACAUAUUAUACAUUGUACAUCUUGUUUCUUCAUUUGUAUACAGCAACAGCAACAGCGACGACAAUAACGGCAGAAGCAGUAACACCGUAUAGAAAUCAUAUUAUUUAUAUAAAUAUAUAUAUAUAUAUAUAUAUAUAUUAACCAUUCUUUUCAUUCUUAUCUAAUCUAUCUAUUCAUCUAUCUAAAUUCUCAACUUUUU